AUGAUGUACAGCUCCAGGACUACGUUGCUAAGCCUCGUGCUCUUUGCUUGCCUCCUCCCAUCGUUCGCGACCAGCUGGGGAAUCACCAUGAGCCCCGCUCACUUCUUCGACCUGAACACUCGGUCGUUUCCAAACCCACGAAACAUCAUGAAGACUUUCGACCAGCUCGAGAGUGAGACUGACAGCAUGCUCCGAUCGUUCCUCGAGUAUGCUGACGACAUGGUGGGGACCGAGGUCGCUGAGACUGAAAAUGCGACUGAAGUUGCCACCGUGAAGUCAUCGGACAGACUUCGACUCCGCCCAAGGUUUGACUUGCAGGAGACCGAGGAUGGGCACAUCCUCACUGUGGCCACGCCCGGGCUGAGCAAGGAGGAGGUGAAUGUCGACCUGGUGGAGAACGACGUGUCGCUGGGAGGACCGGUCCUGGUCAUCUCGGGUCAGAGCAAGACCAAAGAGAACUCCACUAGGCCGGCCGAGCUCCCGCUCAGGUCCCACUACAAGAAGUUCGACCGUAAGAUCAAGCUCCCCGCCGGCACCACCAGAGAAAGCCUCAAGGCGCACUACGAGAAUGGGCUGCUGGAAGUCUUUAUCAAGGACCAUGGCAAGAAGGAAGUUCAGAGCCACAAGAUUCCUCUCCUGUGA